AUGGAAACUAUAAUGGUCUCUACUGCAGAUGUGAAGAGUGGUUCAUGUUUGGAUAUAGAAAUAACGUCCUCAACAUCAAAAGAGCGACUGACAGCACAAACUCUUUCCUGCAUCACCUGUGGAAAGACAUUCAGCUCACAGAGACAUUUAAAGAGACAUGAGAGAAAACACACAGAACAGAAACUCUUCACCAGAUCUGAGAUCAGCUUUACUACCUUACAAGAGAAGAAACUUCAUUCAGAAGACCACAGAGAGAAGAAGAGGAGGAAGAAGAAGAAGCAGUUUCACUGUGAGCAGUGUGGGAAGAUUUUUGUCUCUUCAUCUAAUCUAAAUGAUCACAUGAGGACACACAGUGGUGAAAAGCCUUUCAACUGCAAUGAAUGUGGAAAUUACUUCAGAACUAAACAAUAUCUUAAAGUUCAUCAGAGAGUUCACACCGGUGAAAAACCUUACGAGUGUCCUCACUGUGAGAAGAGAUUUAGCCGUAAACGUGGUCUGAAGACACAUGUGCUUUUGCACACCAAUGAGAGACCGUAUCAGUGCAGUGAAUGUGGAAAAACCUUUAGGGAUUCAGGUUCAUUAAAAUCACACCAGAAUAUUCACAUUAAAGAGAAACUCUAUCAGUGUUCACACUGUGAUAAAUGUUACGGUCAUAAAUAUCAGCUGAUAACUCAUCAGAGAGUUCAUACUGGAGAGAAACCUUACGCCUGCUCUCACUGUGGGAAGAGUUUUAGUCAACAGUCAAACUUACUUAAUCACAAGAGAGUUCAUACAGGUGAAAAACCUUUCAAAUGCUCUCAGUGUGACAAGAUGUUUGCUUAUUCAGGUCACUUCAAAGUCCAUCAGAGAGUUCAUACUGGAGAGAAACCUUAUCACUGUAGUCUCUGUGGGAAGAGUUUUGGUCAACAGUCAAUCUUAAUAAUUCACAAGAGAAUUCAUACAGGUGAAAAACCUUUCAAAUGCUCUCAGUGUGACAAGACGUUUGCUCAGUCAAGUUCCUUAAAAUACCAUCAAAGAGUUCAUACUGGAGAGAAACCUUAUCAUUGUGGUGUCUGUGGGAAGAGUUUUAGUCAACAGACUUCAUUACUAAAUCACAAGAGACUCGCAUGUGUGAGAAAAUAUUGAGACAGGACACCCCACUACAAACAAUUGCACAAAGGCAAUAUACAGCAUUUGCUCACACUAUUGUUUUUUUCUACUUUUAUUUUCACUUAUUUCAAGAACAGAAAGCUGUGGAGCAUCUUCGUCACCCUAAUGUUUGAUUCCUGGUCAUUGUUUUCUUCAUGUUUCUUCUAAACUUUGUUUGCCAUGGUGGAUUGGCUACUUUUCUUCACCUAUCCUACAUUUCUUUUAUGGCGCUUUUCCGUUGCAUAGUACCUCACGGUUUGGUUUGGGUCGGGUCAGCUUUUGGGAGCUUUUCCACGGGGUGAAGUACCCGAUACUUUUUUUUAGUACCACCUCGGUUGGGAUUCCAAGCGACCCGAGCUGAUACCAAACAUGACGCGAAAACACUGUAGAUCACUGAUUGGUCUGAGAGAAUGGUCACUAUCAGCGUCAUUGCUAUAAUCUACAAGAUUAGCUUUACCUCAGUGCUAGCUUGUUGUCAUCUGUUGUCAUCUGUGCUCUGCUACAAGUUCCCAAACUCUCUUUAGCAAUGAAAAACAUCUACAGGUUGAGAAUCAAGAACACCAUAACAGUUUUUUUUUCAGACUUGCAGUUUGUGGCGGCACAUUCGCGACGCGCACGUAUGCUUAAAUGCAACUUAUGAGGCUUAGCGGAGCGUGUUAAUUGAUGCCACAGGUGUUUGUACAGAAACUGUCAUGUGAGACAGAGGUAGUGUUAAAUGCGUUGUGAAAACAUCCCACUCUGAAGUAAUACUAACUCAAUGGAAAAGCUUACCAAGCCAAAGUGAAGUGAGCUGACCCGACCUGACUCGCAAAUCAGUGCGGCUCUGACGGCGUGGUAGAGUAAUAAUUUGAAUGAGAAAUCAUUUGUAUUGUGUACAGUCAAGGCCAAAAGUUUUGAGAAUUACAUAAAUAUUGGAAAUUGGAAAAGUUGCUGCUUAAGUUUUUAUAAUAGCCAUUUGCAUAUACUUCAGAAUGUUGAAUGAAGAGUGAUCAGAUGAAUUGCAUAGUCCUUCUUUGCCAUGAAAAUUAUCUUAAUCUCAAAAAAACCUUUCCACUGCAUUUCAUUGCUGUCAUUAAAGGACCUGAUGAGAUCAUUUUAGUAAUCGUCUUGUUAACUCAGGUGAGAAUGUUGACGAGCACAAGGCUGGAGAUCAUUAUGUCAGGCUGAUUGGGUUAGAAUGGCAGACUUGACAUGUUAAAAGGAGGAUGAUGCUUGAAAUCAUUGUUCUUCCAUUGUUAACCAUGGUGACCUGCAAAGAAACGUGUGCAGCCAUCUUUGUGUUGCAUAAAAAUGGCUUCACAGGCAAGGAUCUUGUGGCUACUAAGAUUGCACCCAAAUCAACAACCUAUAGAAUCAUCAAGAACUUCAAGGUCAAAGUCAUAUUCUCUGAUGAAGCCCCUUUCAUUUUGUUUGGGGCAUCUGGAAAAAGGCUUGUCAGGAGAAGAAAAGGUGAGAGCUACCAUCAGUCCUGUGUCAUGCCAACAGUAAAGCAUCCUAAAACCAUUCAUAUGUGCAUUUGCUUCUCAUCCAAGGGAGUAGGCUCACUCACAAUUCUGCCCAAAAACACAGCCAUGAAUAAAGAAUGGUACCAAAAUACCCUCCAACAGCAACUUCUUCCAACAAUCCAACAACAGUUUGGUGAAGAACAAUGCAUUUUCCAGCACUAUGGAGCACCGUGUCAUAAGGCAAAGUGAUAACUAAGUGGCUCAGGGACCAGAACGUUGAAAUUUUGGGUCCAUGGUCUGGAAACUCCCCAGAUCUUAAUCCCAUUGAGAACUUGUGGUCAAUCCUCAAGAGGCGGGUGGACAAAAAAACCCCACAAAUUCUGACAAACUCCAAGAAGUGAUUAUGAAAGAAUGAGUUGUUAUCAGUCAGGAUUUGGGCCAGAAGUUGAUUGAGAGCACGCCCAGUCGAAUUGCAGAGGUCCUGAAAAAGAAUGGCCAAAACUGCAAAUACUGACUCUUUGCAUAAAUGUCAUGUAAUUGUCGAUAAAAGCCGUUGAAACGUAAGUGCUUGUAAUUAUAUUUCAGUACAUCACAGAAACAACUGAAACAAAGAUCUAAAAGCAGUUUAGCAGCAAACUUUGUGAAAACUAAUAUUUAUGUAAUUCUCAAAACUUUUGGCCACAACACUUUCCAACACGGGUAGCUGAGUAUGCUUUGAAAGCUGUUUGUGAGCCGGACACAGAAAAAAGUAUACCCGGCCCUUAAGUCUGCUCUCACUGUGGAAUAAGCUUCUCUAAUCCGUUUUAAUUCAGAGAUCAUCAAAGAGUUCAUACUGGAGAGAAACCAUAACACAGUAGUGUCUGUGGGAAGAGUUAAUCAACAGUCAAACUUUGUAUAGCACCAGUGACCUUAAUAAGGUUAUGACACCAAAAACUGUUUUAACUAUUAUUAAAUAGUAACUAAACCCUAAACCAACUUUUUUAGUUAAUGAUCUGUAAGAAUGGGGCUUUAUUAUCUGUUCAUUGAUUUGAGUAACUUUUUUGACAUUUGUGUAUAAAGUGUUUCAAUGCUACAAUAUAUUGCCAGUGGGUGGAGUCAGGCUCUGACCUGGGGCCGGUUGCACCAGCCGAUGUAAAAAAGUUGGGUGCAAGUCCUACAUUGGGCUUAGCUACGUCCGACAUUGUGAAAAAUAUUUACGCCUGUUGCACCAUCUGAAACUACAACCAGACGUAGCUACGCUCAGCGUAAAUGAUGCACAUCCCCACGUAUGUGUUUAAUAGUGAUAUUUAAACGCUGCUCGUGUUUACUAUGGCAAAAAUGGUACACUAAUAGAUGACAUAUGAGAGCUUUUCCCAUGUUUACCAGUGCACUCUACCUCAAGAUGCGUGCGUGCAGACCCAUCAAACACAUAAUAACAGCUCUAGUUUAAAAACAAAAUUAAAUCAAAGCUUUUAAAAACUUCUACAGUGUCUUUGUAAGUAUUUAUGGCGGUGAAAGCACGGCGGUCUCUACCAUGCAUGAAAGCACAUUGCGUAUCCUGUGCAUUAGACGCAUUAAUUAUUUUUAUUUUUGCCUUUAGAAACAAAGUAAAUACUUAUACGCCUUCCCUUGACUAGACGUAAGUUUAAGUCUCAGACGUGCGCUACGGCUAGAUGGUGCAACAGGUGUUAAAUGUACGUCCGACAUGAAGCAAAUUUUACAUACAAAGUAGGAUUAGGACCGGGUUUAUGCCCAGCAUGUGCAACCGGCCCCAGGGGUUUAGUUACCCUUUAAUAGUAAAAUAAGAACAAAUAAUCAAAUUAUGAGCAAUAUCGCAGAUAAAUACAACAGAACAAAUGAAAUAAAACAGUGCUGUUCAGGUUUUUCAGAUUGAUCUGACAGUUCUGUAUUUUGGAGGUAAGGUGCCAAGCUGGUAAAGGGUGUAUGUGUCUGGAGGCAAACAUACUGUUCAUAACUAUAUACAAUAGUGUUAAUUCAUGUUGUUUUUCAUAUUUUAUUUACACAUUUAUAAUUUUUUUAUCUUUUAUAAACUCUUUUGUUAUGUGUCAAACUUGUUUAUUUUAUAUUGUGUGCUAUGUGAUUUUACAAAUUGGUUUCAAAGUUUUAUGUCAUGGGACCACAAUGUCAUUUAUUGUUCAUUUAAGAAAGGAACUGUUCAGAUUAUUCAGUAAAUGCUUUGUUCAUUUUUACAAUGAUUAUGUCUCCUGACUUCUGCUAUAGGCCUAUUCUCUCGGCUGGUAAAUUCAAUUACAUAAUUAUUCAGUAUUUUGUCAGUCUUUUUAUUCUUUCUAGGAAAGUUAAAAGACCUGUUAUUGCAUUGAGAUCAUCUUGACCAGAUGCCGGUUUGAUAUGGUAGCACAAUAGAAAUGAACUGCAAGAGCUUGUAGAGAGGAGUAAAGACUGCGUAGAGGAACACCACUAUAUUUUGAGUAUUUGUCACAAGGUGACGAUCUUUUUGGGCGGAACCAAAAGUUGGGAAAGUUUGGUUCCGCCCGGAUGUUUCCGCCCGGACCGGGGAAAGGAAACACCGGACAUCUGGCAGCAUCGCGAAGGGCUGUAAUCAGUAGAUUAAGCACAGCUGUGUGUCGUUAAGGAGAUCGCCGGGUGAUUGGACGACUGGAAUACACGGAGGAGCACUUAAAGAGCAGUUAAAUCACAGUUGGAGAAGUUUAGUGUGUGCUGAGGAGCGGAGCUGUGCUCGUUGAUGAACAUUGGUGGCUGUCUGCAUUUUUCUCUCUCUCUCUUGGUUGCAGUCUGCGGUGAAAACGCUGGAGUUAAAGGAGAACCCUAUGGGUAGAAGAAACAUUGGUCUAAGUGGCACAUUUAAAGGAGUAAAGCAGGAAGGAAACCGACUUUGUUUUGCAACGUAAACAAAGGCAAACCGCUGUGAGUAUCAACUCUUGUGUUGAGCAACUUGUAAAAGCUAACCUGUGCAAUUGUUGGAUACCUCCAGGAGAAAGAGGGCGGCCCUACCCCUGAAACAGCGUGGUGGGUGAGCUGCAGAAGCAUCCAUCCAAGCAGCCACAGCAACGAACUACUAUUCAGGUCGUAUUUCCAUCGCCCUUAUCCAGCCCAAGCGAAGUGGAGGACGCCGGGCGUCCCUUGUUGUGUACACUGAUAGUGUGGUGAGUGAGUCUUUGUAAUUAGGAAACUUUUCACGUUGAAGUGGUGCUGUGUAUUUGCUGUGGGUUGCUGUGUGUCUUGUCAGACGAAACCCCGCAUCAUCCAUUUUUCACUGAGCAGAGGACGGAGAGGCUAACGACCUCAGGAAUUACCAGCUACUAUACGCAGUGUGCUGUUUGGAGUGUGAAGUGACGCAGAUUAAGAACUGUCAGCGAGUGUGAGUACGACAUUGGAUGAUUUGUAUUGGAAACUUACCUGUGUCUGCCCCUGUCGCAGAGUCAGAGGCGAAAGAGUUCCGCCGCCCCGUGGUCUCUACAAAGGGGCGCCCCUGUCCAGUAUUCGAUCGCCCUAUGGGUAGUGAGGAUAGGGCAGCGCUCGACCCGCCACCUGUGGAGAAAAAGGAGAACGAGAGUGAACAUUAGGAGAACAGACUGUGGAAAGCUAUACCUACCAAGAGCUGUAAACAGCAGGACCGGUGAGAAGUGUUCGAAGUCCAAGUUAACAGUGCUUUUGUGUCCCAGCAGCCACCUGUGGAGAAAAAGGAGAACGAGAGUGAACAUUAGGAGAACAGACUGUGGAAAGCUAUACCUACCACGAGCUGUAAACAGCAGAACCGGUGAGAAGUGUUCGUAGUCCAAGUUAACAGUGCUUUUGUGUCCCAGCGGCCACCUGUGGAGAACGAGGAGCAAGAGGGUGAACGUACGACGGAGAAACGUGAAGGCACGUGGGGCGAAGACCCCCUGCCGAACAGAGAAAGGUACGCAGAUAGCGAAAAGUCCACUUACCAGUCACACUGUUUGUACUCUGCCUCCAGGAAGGAAGAAGGAGGGCGCCACGGAUAGCAGGGACCAGGCAGGAGUCUGACGCUUCCCUCCCCCCCGGCUUACGGAGGUCUGGACCCCCGUUGCCCCUUUGUCCCUGCCUGCCCGUGGCUGCAGUCUCCCUGGAGGGAGGAGCUAGAGAUCCCUUUAGUUUUAAUUGCCCUUUCCCCAUUUCCCUAUUCUUUUAAAUAUUUAAAUAAAGUUUGUUUUAUUACGUA